AUGCCUAAUAAACAAACAACAAACCCAUCAGAAUGUCCUAUGCAUAAAAAAAAUUCACAAACGUUUGAUCCAUCUUCAGAAAAAUCCAAAUGUCCCAAUUCAUCUGAAUCAAAUUCUGAAAAAACUUGCCCGAUAGUUCAUUCAGGAGAUGCACUUUCUCCAGAUAAUCAAAUGCCUAAACUUAGUCAACUUCCAAUGCCAGGUCAAAAAAUUCCACUUUCAACAUCAAGAGUUAUUUCUUCUAUUCCUAAAGCAAGUAGUUCUGAUAAUUGGGAAUAUCCUUCUCCACAACAAUUUUAUAAUGCGCUAGUUCGUAAAGGAUGGGAUACUCCUGAAGAAAGUGUUGAAACUAUGGUAAAUAUACAUAAUUUUUUAAAUGAGGAAGCUUGGAAUGAAAUUCUUAAAUGGGAACGAAUGAGAGAAUGCCCGUGUGAUGGACCAAAGUUAUUACGUUUUCGAGGACGCCCUCAAGAACUUAGUCCAAAAGCUCGAUUGCUUCAAUGGACGAGAAAAUUAUUUCCUUCAUUAGGCACACCACCACCAUUUGAUCGUCACGACUGGACAAUCGACCGAUGUGGUAAAGAAGUUCGAUAUAUUAUUGAUUAUUAUUCAGGUCCUGACGAAGGUGAAACGCCAGUAUUUUACCUUGAUGUACGACCAGCUUUAGAUUCUGUCGACAGUAUUGUCGAUCGAAUUAAAGCUGCUACCAGUGAAACUUUUAAACAAUUCAGAGAGCGAGCUAAAUAA